AUGACAACACGAUUAGAAGAAGGCGGUAACGUCGAAGCGCACGUAACCAAAAUGACGGAAUUAUUUCAACGUUUCAUAGCCUAUGGAGAUGAUUUAAAGCCGGAAUUUAUUUUGUGUGUCACAAUUCUCAGUUCAUUACCGGAAAGCUAUGACGUAUUGGUUACAACGUUGGAGAAUCGCAAAGAUGAAUUAACAUCGAGUGUUGUUUGCUCCGCUGUGAUUGCGGAAUAUCGAAAACGUCUCGAACGAAGUCGCGAUAAUACUGAAGCUGUAUUAAGAAUUAGCUCGUCAGCUAAAAGCGGAUCAUCAAAUGAAAAAGGACAAACAGUUGACAUCAGUAAAUCGAAAUGUCUUUUCUGUAAAUGUAAAGGGCAUUGGAAAAAGGAUUGUCGUAAGUUACUUACGCAUAAAGAAAAGAAGAAUCAAGAUCAACAAGGUAAGACUCAGCAGCAGAUAAAUUCAGCUGAAGCUAGCACUGCCGUUCAACAUUUAUUCGCAGCAAUGAUGCUAAAUAACGACGGUUGGUUAGUCGAUAGUGGAGCAACUAAUCACAUGGUGAGUAAGCGUGAAAUUUUCACCGACAUGAAGAAGCAUGUUGAAAGUAUCUACGUAGCAAACGGUCAUAAAGUAACUGCAAUCGGCAAAGGAACAGUCAAUGCGAAAUUCAUAAAUAAAUUAGGUAACAUUACAGCAGUUUCGAUUGCAAAUGUUUUGUACGUGCCACAAAUACAAGGAAAUUUUAUUUCUGUACGACGUUUGACCAAAAUGGGAUAUACGGUGACUUUCGACAAUGAAGAGUGCAAUAUCGUUCGUGCACAUGAUGGAAUACAAGUUGCAUUGGGCGAACCUUGUGGAAAUCUGUACAAACUGAAAACACCAAAUAUUAUAUGUGCAGUAGGAAAUUCAGAUCCGGUAGCAAUGAAGAAUUGCGUUCAUCAAUGGCAUAGCAUAUUCUCGGCCAUAGAGACAUCCGGGUAG